AUGAUACAAGGUCACAAUGAAGCUGGUGAGAAUGACCCCAUCCAUCUUCUCGACCUCCUACGGACAAGCCUUCUAGACGGUUCCAAGCCAUCCGGUCAAGAUGACAAUAAUAAGCAUGAGUCGUAUCGCAACGUGCAGGAACUUAGAACAGCAGGCAUCCAUUUAAGGCCUAGCAAAACUGGUUUAUUGAGAAACGUAUCUUUUAGUGAACUGUUCAAUUUCUUCCCCGGAUACCUUCAACUUCCUCCCAUAAGAGUUGAUGACUCCACGGGUCCCAAGUUCUUCAACUUGAUAGCCUACGAGAUGUGUCCGGAUUUCAAAAAUGACUUCGGGAUCAGUUCUUACAUAUCCUUGCUUGAUUCACUCAUUGAUCAUCCUGACAACGUUAAGGAGCUGAGAAAAGCGCGCAUACUUCACAACUUCCUGGGCAGCGAUGAAGAAGUGGUUCAACUCUUCAAUGAGAUAGGCACCGACUUGGUGCCAGAUCAAGCAACAUAUGCCAACAUCAGAAAGCAGAUUCAGAGUUACUACGAUACUAAGUGGAAGACCUGGAUUGCUGAAGCCAUUCACGACCAUUUCGGCUGCCCCUGGACGUUUCUGGCUUUCUUAGCCGCAGUAAUAGGACUUGGUCUAACUGCCAUACAGACUUGGUACACAGUUCCAUAG